AUGGGUGAUUUGAAUGGUGAUACUUACUUGGAUGUCGUUGCUCCCGGAUCCUUUGCUAAUUAUUUUACUGUAUUGCUUGGUGAUGGAACUGGGGCUUUCUUCGCAUCAUUGUCUGUUGUUACAGAUAACUAUCCAAUGUCGGUGGCCGUCUAUGAUUUUGACAAUAAUGGAGGACUUGAUGUCGUGGUUGCUCAUGCCUGGGGUCAUUUAUUAGUAUUUAUGAACGCAUUUUAA